AUGGGUUUCAUAGGUUUUUCGGGUUGGGAUGCUGAUGAAAAUUGUGGAGGCCUUUUCCUAGCUUGGUCUAGUCGGGUAGAUAUUAGUAUCAUUUUCGUAGAUGCAAAUGUUAUCUUCUGUAAUGUCACUUCGAUUAGUAAUAUUAGCUACUAUAUCAUGUUUGUUUAUGGCUGCCCGUACAUCAAUGGUCGAGCACAAGUUUGGUCGACGAUCCAAAACCUACUCUUAAACAACAAAGGGAACACCCUCCUCAUGGGGGACAUUAACCAAGUUGAUCACCUCUCCCAAAAGCUUGGAGGGAGGCAAAGCAUAAGGGGAAUGGCAGAUUUUAUAGAAUGGAGAAUAGAAUGUGGGCUAUCUGAACUGCCUUUCCAGGGAGUUCGGUACACUUGGACGAAUAAUAGAGAAGGGGAGGGUACCAUUUUUGAAAGAUUAGACAGAGCUUAUGGUUGCCCUAAUUGGAGAUUACAAUUUCCCGAUGCCUGCGUCACUAACCUCCCAAUCUUCCUUUCGGAUCAUGGCCCAAUCAUGAUUGAUAUGGCGCCAGUUAAAGACCGAAAAAACACACCAUAUAAGUUGGAGGCAUGGUGCCUGUUCAAAGAGGACAUUAAUGAAUUGAUAAACUCUUCAUGGGGUAUGGUGUAUCAAGGUUCUAGUUUGUUUUCUAUCCAAAGAAGACUAGAGCUAAUUGUCAACAAGGCAAGGAAAUGGUGCCUUAACUACCGCCAACAGACGGGGAUCACUUGGAACAACUUCGAAGACGAACUCACUUCUCUCCAAACUAAUAUUUAUGAUUCAGCAAGUGCAAGAGAAGCAGUCAUCAAGAGUAAGUCUAUCAAGGAUAAAGCGGAACAACAAUGGUGGUAUUGGAAGCAAAGAGCAAAGUCCAAGUGGGAUGCGUAUGGCGAUCAAUCGUCAUCUUUCUUUUACAAGAGUGUUAAGUGCCGUAGUGGAAGAAAUACAAUCAAAGCAAUCCAGAAUGAGGAAGGAAGCUGGGUAACUGAUGGACGUGAUAUAAAGCAUGAAUUCCACUCUUUUUUCUCUAAUUUAUUCGCAGGUACCUCUGAAGACCUUACAGACCAUACGGAUUUGCAAGAUGUUUGGCUUGAAGGGCUUCCUAGCCUAUCUGGUGCCCACAUUCAGUUGCUCAAUAAGCCAUUCUUAAAGGAGGAGAUAAAGGUUGCAGCUUUCAGUUCUAAGCCGCUUAAGUCCCCAGGGCCCGAUGGUGUACCGCCCAUUUUCUUCCAAAAAUAUUGGGAGAUAGUGGGCAAUGAUAUCUGCAAGGGGGUCAAUGCGUUCUUCAAUGGUGGCCGCAUGCUAAGGGAAACAAAUAACACUUUCAUUGCCCUAAUUCCAAAAGAGCCUCGACCUCAGGGUGUUGGUCAAUAUAGGCCGAUAAGCCUGUGUAACUCUCUAUACAAAAUCAUCUCCAAGUGCAUGGUCAACAGAAUCAAAACAAUAUUACCAGACUUGGUGGGAGAAACUCAAAACGCUUUUGUCCCGGGAAGAAUGUUAGCCGAUAAUUGUUUCAUUGCUCAUGAGUUGGUUAAUAGUGUUAAAAGUCGAAAAAAGGGUGGAAGGUUCGAAGGCAUCCUAAAGGUUGAUCUUAGUAAAGCAUAUGAUAGGGUUAGUUGGAGGUUCCUCAUGAAGAUUAUCGCAAAGAUGGGUUUCCCGGAUCAAUGGGCUACAUGGAUUUAUCAAUGUAUUUCUACGGUGACAUAUUCGGUUUUGGUAAACGGGGAACCAACAAAGAAAAUCGUGUCAGGAAAAGGGCUCCGCCAGGGUGACCCUCUUUCCCCUUACCUGUUUAUCCUGCUCAUGGAAACUCUUUCGCAAGGCAUAAAAAGAUUAGAAGUGGAGGGGGAACUCCAAGGUAUAAAAGUGGCGCGUAAUGCUCCGGCAGUGAGCCAUUUAUUUUUUGCGGACGACGCCCUCUUUUGCUUCAAAGAAACCCCGAAUUCUUGCAAGGCCGUAAGAAAAUGCAUUGACGAGUUCUGCAUGGUGUCGGGGGAGAUGAUUAAUUUUGAUAAAUCAUCAAUUCUUUUCAGCCCUAAUACUCCCCCUAGAUUUAAGAGGUUGCUGAGAAGACCUUUAGGCGUGCAAGUUUCGGCAGAAAUGGGCUCCUACUUAGGGUGUCCAAUGGACGUUAAUGGACGGUCUUCGCACAGAUUCAUGGGCAUACUAGAAAAGAUAAAUUGCAAAAUCUCUUCCUGGAAGUUUUCCCACCUUUCCGCCCCAGGUAAGCUUAUUCUAAUUAAUGGUGUUAUGUUGGCGAUGGCUUCUCAUAUACUGGCUAUAUAUAUGUGCCCUUCACAUAUUUUAAAGAAGAUCACUUCAGCCCUCACUAAGUUCUGGUGGGCCUCUUCUGCUUCUAAAAAGCCCGUUUAUUGGCGGCGGAAGGAGGUCCUUUAUGCGCAUAAAUGGGAAGGAGGGCUAGGGAUGAAGGAUGUGGGGAAAUUGAAUCAAGCGCUUCUUGCUCGCCAGGGAUUGAGAAUGCAUACUAAGCCCCACUUGUUGGUUAGUCGUGUUUUUAAUGGCAAGUACGGUACCGACCCCAUUCAACUAGGUGCAGAUAAUAAAACACCUUACAACUGCUCGUGGGGGGCUAGAAGCCUUGUAAGAGCUGCUCACUCUAUGCGGAAGGGUCUGAAGGUACAAAUCGGGAAUGGGAAGCGCACUAGUAUCGACCAACACAUUUGGGUGACAGAUCAUGUGAUACACAAGAGACAGCUUGUUGCAGAUUGGCUUCAAACGGAUGCAAAGGUUUCAAACUUAAUGACUUCAGAUAGGAGAUGGAACGCGGGCAUUGUUUGGAGAUCUUUCUCGGCCACGGAUGCUGAAGCUAUCCUAGCCAUCCACAUCCCUUCUGUGGAUACGGAGGAUAAAUUCUGUUGGUCGAAAACUAAGAGCGGAGUGUACUCAUUCAAGUCUGGCUACUGGUUCCUUAUGAAUGACUCUCAAAUUGGUCCCUUACGCCACACAAAUUUUUGGAGGGCUUUGUGGCAUAGCAAGUUAUUACCAAUAUGGAAACACUUCCUAUGGAAAAUAAUGCAAAAUAUCCUGCCAACAAUGGAGAACCUUCAGAAGAGAGGGAUAAUCACCUCGAAGCUUUGUCCUCUUUGCAACAAUUACCAAGAAACUCAAGACCAUUUGCUGAGGUCUUGCGAUAUAUCACAAAGAAUUUGGAGAAGUAGCCCUUUAGGCAUUGUUGCGUGCAACUCGACUAACAUCACAAUCCAACAAUGGAUCACGAAUUUUUUCAUGUUAUUUGUUCGACAGGAUGGAGAUGAUUCAAGGAGGUUGAUUACAUUUACAACAACAUUGUGGUCUAUAUGGCUACAUAGAAAUGAGAUAUUGUUCAGAGGCAUGAGUGCUAAUGUGGAAGGAGUUCUUCAUGGUGCACAGUCACAUGUCCAGAGAUGGGAGAAAGCAAUGCAGAUGCAGCAAGACUCGAAGAUGGCCCAAGCUGCAAAUUUUGGUUCACACCAUAUACAACCACCUGCUAUUUUUAGGAAAGGACGUUGCAUGACAGGGGACUUCAUCUCCAUAGUUGUGGAUGCCUCGUGGAAGACUAGAAAAAGGGGAUCGAAUAAUCAAUGGAGUGCUGCGAUUGGCUGGGAGGAGGAGACGGAUUGUGUUCCGCGAGUCAAGGGGGCUUAA